AGCAAAUGUUGACAUUUUCUUUUGUUGUCUUCUUGAGCCCACGCAGAGGAGUGUAAGAUGGGAUGCUGCACGGGACGCUGCACGCUGAUCCUGCUGUGUUGUCUACAGUUGAUGACUGCGGCGGAGAGGCAGGUGUUUGACUUCUUGAGCUACCAGUGGGCUCCCAUCACGGUCAACUUCUUUCACAUCAUCAUGGUCAUCCUGGGCCUCUUUGGUGCCGUCCAGUACAGAUCCCGUUACGUCAUUAUGUACCUGCUGUGGAUGUUGUUGUGGCUUGGCUGGAAUGUCUUUGUGAGCUGUCUCUACCUGGAUUUGGGAGGACUUUCAAAGGAUAGUGAUAUCCUCUCCUUGGGGGUGUCGUCGCAUCGCUCCUGGUGGAAGGACAACGGGCCGGGAUGUGAGAGCCACAGUCUUCCCUCUGCUGGAUGGCAGAGCCAGGAGAACCCUGAGCUGACCACGGUGCUGAGCUGCUGGCUCCAGUACCAGCACAUAGAAGUGCUGCACUGCAGUGUCCAGCUCCUCCUUUCUCUCCUGGGAUUUGUUUAUGCCGUCUAUGUCACCAGCUUAUUUUCAGACGAAGAAGAGACUUACUAUAAAUGACCACAGGAAGAAGGUGUCGGAGAGAUGCUGGAAGGACCUGGACUGACCUUCCCCCCCAAAGAAAACAAACAACAACAAAAACUCCAAAGAAACCAACAAAGAAACAGACUCUUUUAUCAUAUUAUCUUGGGCGUGGUUGUAGAACAUCAUAAAAAUGCUGAACCCAGAACAGUAUUUGCCAACUACACACUGUGUCUAGAUGUAAGGCCUAUUUUUUGUAGUUUUGUCGUGUGUGUGUGUGUGUGUGUGUGUGUGUGUGUGUGUGUGUGUGUGUGUGUGUGCGUGCGUGCGUGCGUGUGUGCGUGCGUGUGUAAGAGAGAUUGUUUAUGAAUUUCAUCUAUCUGAUAGAGAAGUAUGGUGUAACAGUUGUGAUAAAGUAGCUAUACCAAACUAAUAUUUUACAUAAUGUAAAGAAUAAUUAGAAUAUUACUGUUUCAUUUUAGUUGGAGACAUU